UCCCAACGACUCUUCUGUAAUAUUAUACACCUCCAAACAACCUCUUGGUUUGCAAACUCAACUUCAUUUAAGGUACCUGCGAAAAUCUUCAAAAUAUCCGAAUCAAUCACCAUGUCUUCCUCGCUUGAUCAGCUGAAGGCCACCGGCACCACCGUCGUCUGCGACUCUGGUGACUUCGCCACCAUUGGAAAAUACAAGCCACAAGAUGCCACCACCAACCCUUCCCUGAUCCUCGCUGCGGCCAAGAAGCCCGAGUACGCCAAGCUCAUCGACGAAGCCGUUGCCUACGGCAAGAAGCACGGAAAGGAUAUUGAUGCUCAGGUGGACGCGACCUUGGACAACCUCCUCGUGCAAUUCGGCAAGGAGAUUCUUCAGAUCGUUCCUGGCAAGGUUUCGACCGAAGUCGAUGCACGAUUUUCAUUCGACAAGCAAGCUAGCAUUGACAAGGCUCUCCACCUUAUCGAGCUAUACAAAGAGCUGGGUAUUGACAAGUCGCGAGUCCUGAUCAAGCUUGCCUCGACUUGGGAAGGUAUCCAAGCAGCACACAUUCUCCAAUCCGAGCACGGCAUCAACUGCAACCUUACCCUCAUGUUCUCCCUCGUUCAAGCUAUCGCUGCCGCUGAGGCCGGCGCUUACCUCAUCUCGCCGUUCGUUGGCCGCAUUCUCGACUGGUACAAGGCCAACACCAAGCAGGAGUACACCGCCGAGAAUGACCCUGGUGUGAAGUCCGUCCAGCAAAUCUUCAACUACUACAAGAAGUACGACUACAACACCAUUGUUAUGGGAGCUUCCUUCCGCAACAUUGGCGAGAUCACCGAGCUUGCUGGUUGCGACUACCUUACCAUUGCGCCUGCCCUUCUAGAGCAGCUCUACAACAGCCAAGACUCUGUCCCACAAAAGCUGAAGGCUGAUGGCGCCAAAUCUCUUGACAUCGAGAGGAAGAGCUACCUCAAGAACGAGGCUGAUUUCCGAUUCGACUUCAACGAGGACACCAUGGCCGUGCACAAGCUCUCUGAGGGUAUCAGCAAAUUCGCUGCUGACGCCGUCACCCUCAAGGAUAUCCUCAAGUCCAAGAUUCAGGCAUAGAAGGAGAGCUUCGCAUGUGUCGCGGAUGGCGACCGGGAGAUCGAGCAUACCAACACUCAAAAUUGAGACA